AUGUUAAAAAUAUUUCAUGAAGGUCAGAUGGGGAUUGAAAGAUGUAAAAAUUCAAUAAGAGAUUUAAUAUUUUGGCCUAACGUAAAUUCUGAUAUGAAAAAUAUUGUUGAAAAUUGUGAGGUAUGCAUGAAAUAUAGAAAUAAUAAUUCUAAAGAACCUUUAAUACCACAUGAUAUACCUCAAAUACCUUGGUUUAAGUUAGGAACUGAUUUAUUUCACUUUGAUAAUAAAAUAUAUUUAUUGGUGGUAGACUAUUAUUCUAAAUUUAAAGAAAUUGCACAUUUAACAUCAGGAUUUACAAUGUCUGAUAAUGGUCCACCAUUUAGUUCAUUAGAAUUUAACAGUUUAUGGUCUGAAUGGGAUAUAGAACAUAUCACUUCAAGUCCACAUUAUGCUCAAUCUAAUGGUUUAGCAGAAAGAUCAAUACAGUCAAUAAAGAAAUUACUAAAAAAAUGUAAAGAAAGUAAAACUGAUUUAUAUAUAGCUCUAAUGCAUAAUCGAAAUUCUCCUAAAGGAAAUUUAUGUUCUCCAUCUCAACUAUUAAUGUCAAAAUCAAUUCGAACAAAAUUACCUGUUCCCAUAGAUAACUUAAAACCUAAAUUAACUGAAUUAAUUGGUGAAAAAGUUUUAUUUAAAUUAGUACCCAAUGGUCCUUGGAUUAAUUGUAAAGAGAUUCAAAUUGAUAAAUAUCCUAGAUCUUAUGUAAUUGAAGGUGAAAAAGGGGGCAAUUAUAGAAGAAACAGAAAACAUUUAAUAACUUGUGCUUCAACCACUUCUAGAAAAAAUAAUUAUGAACAACCUAACUUAAAUUUAAACAUAGAUAAAAAAUCUACUCGUUCUGGUAGAACAAUAAUUAAACCUAAAUGGUUAGAUUUAUAA